AACGAUUUCGUUUACAAGUUAUGACUCGUAAUACGAUACGCAAGUCUACCCAGGAGGCCGACGUCCUUUAAAUCUGUAACUCGAUGCAGAGAUAACGAACAACCCGCGAGGGAAAUAAUGACUCAACUUAUGAGUGAUGAGUCAGACUCCGGCCGCAGGACGAGCUCCCACAAUAACGCACACUCAAAACGAACAGCGGAAAAAAGUGAACGAGAUACAAGGGACACUCAACGCAGCCACACUACAACACUUGUCACCACACAACAAGCCUAGACCUUAACACAAAGCCAUAAGAACUAUAGUCCAACAUCACUCGCACUUGAACAAUUGUCGGCCGAUGAGGGUAGUUCGCAUGCGCGCCGCGGCGUAAACACUGCCGUGUCAUCAGUCGUACGGCACCCGCCGGCGCGCACGGUCGUCGCGCCUGUUUAUAAAUAGUGAAAGACGCGUCGCGUGUGUUAUGGUGAAUUGUUUCAAUUAAAUUUAACAAAACCUUUGUGCACAAGUAAGGAUAGAGCUCGGGAGUGCUUUGUACGGCGGAUGGGCGUCACCAAGCUCCCAAAAUCCAGUCGUCUCGACCCUCCCCUGAACUCGCCGCAGGUGCAGACGGCAGCAUGACAGUGGCUCGCGGCGAGGGCUCCCCAGAGCGGCUGGGCGGCGCGCUGCGGCGGCUGCACUACAAGGCCACGCGGCGCGCGCACUCCGCCGCCGCCCGCCACCACAACACCACCACGCCGCCCAAGGUGGUCGUCAUGGGCAGCAGCACCACGUCGGACAAGACAAUCAACACGAGCACCGACUCCGCGGCCACCGCGCUCACCUCUGUCACCGGCACCGAUGACUCCAUGGAGGGCGAGCCGGACGCGCCCGAGCUGUCCGAGCCCAGCCUCAUAGACGACCCCAACCCUCACCCCCCACCCAGCACUGCCCCACCCCACUAUCACCGCGCCAACAACAGUAGCGACAUCGAAUCCCCAGCGUAUACCAAACCCCAAUCCGCCACCGACGUCCUAGAAUCCCCGCGGCCAGGCCCAGCCCGAUUCGUCUUCGACGUGCCACUACCAGACCCGAAGAGGCAAGAUAAACCAAGAAACAAGACACAAACGCAAGUCAGCCAGAACAGUUCAGCGUCUACAUCGAUACAAAUCCCUUAUGAUCCGAAAAUGGAUCCACCGAAAAGCCCAAAGGCGAUUCAAACGAAAUACGAAACUCAUUUUAAUUUUGAGCCUGAUCCGGUGAAGAGGAGAGGGAGUGAGCCGAGGGUUAAGAACAAGCAGAAGAUGGAGAAGGAGUAUUAUAAGGACGAGGUGGCGAAGUUGAGGAGGCAGUUGGAGGGGACGGAGGUGUUCACUACGACGCGGAGAAGAUCGUCCGCGCACCAGCACUCUGUGCCGCCACCUUCGUCGAGAAGGCAGUCCACAGCCGCUCAAGUCCACGUGACGGCCAACCCAUUAGACUCAGCGGGCAGCACCAUCCCCGCGGGGCGCACCACCAUCGUGGUUCAACAGCCAUCGCUCUCGCUGGACUACGGAGGCUGCGCCACCAUCCUGCUCCGAGAUGACGAGCGACGCAAGAGCAGAGUCUGCAGCGACCACAUACAGCAACUCCUGGAUGUCACCAGCCAGUUCACGUCUGAGGAUCUGCAUGAGUUUGAUAAGAGGUACGGCAGCCCGCACCACUCCAGAUCGCAGUCAGUCAAGGCAGCUCGCUCCCGGACCGGUGAGCGACAGCUGCUGGGGUUGCCGCAGCAGCGCGCGCGCGUCGCCUCCAUGCCCAACACCGGCGUCGAAGAGGAGUACUACCGCCUUAGGCAUUUUAGUAUUACUGGUAAAGGCGUGGUGAACCGCGGCGACUCUCUCCGAUCGCGUCGCUCCCGCUCCAACACGUCAGUGGCAUCAAGCGCGUCCAGCACCGAGGCCGCCACCCGAGCAUCAGCACCUUGCUCCCUCGCCUCCUCAAGGGACUCGUCAGCCGGCCUCAGCUCGUACCGCGUGCUGGUGGUGGGCGCGCCUGGAGUCGGCAAGUCCAGCCUGGUGGGGCAGUUCAUGACCUCCGAGUAUCUGCACGCGUACGACACCAGUAUCGAUGUAGAGCAUGACGUUACAGACGACGAGUCGGGCGAGCGCUCGGUGUGCGUGCUGCUGGCCGGCGAGGAGUCCGAGAUCACCUUCCUGGACGCGCCGCCCGAUCAUGUCAUAACGGAAGGCUGCGCACACGGCUAUUGCGUGGUGUACUCCACAGCAGACCGAAGCAGUUUCUCCGAAGCAGAGCGCCGGCUGCAGAUUCUAUGGGCAGCAGGCCACACCUCCCGCCGCGCUGUCAUCCUAGUCGGGAACAAGGCUGACCUAGCCAGGUCCAGAGCUGUUCCUACUGAUGAGGGCAAGAACUUGGCGACGUCUUAUGAAUGCAAGUUUAUAGAGACGUCGGUGGGCAUCAACCACAACGUGGACGAACUGCUGGUGGGGCUGCUCACACAGAUCCGGCUGAAACAACAGCAUGCGGAGAGAGUCAGAAAGCGCAGCGGGUCCCGUAAGACGCGAGCCCGAGCGCGCUCCCCCGCGGCAGAGGAGACGCCGGUGCCGGCCGCGCCCGCCGCCAGCGCCUCCGCCGCCAGCACGCCGCGCAAGAGGACACGACUCUCCGCCAGCGUCAAGGUCCGAGGUCUUCUAGGCCGCGUGUGGGCGCGUGACUCCAAAUCCAAGUCGUGCGAGAACCUGCAUGUUCUCUAGCACUCGGCCGCCGAGCCCGUCGCCUGCUUCCCAUUCUUCGACUGCGCCGUAAGCUACACCUAAACUGAUACUGUACUCGACUCAGCAUGCAAUUGGAGAACUAAAAGAUUUGAACAUCAUAUUAAAACUGACGAAACAUGUCACUAGUAACGUGUCGAUAAUUCUUCAUAAUUGUAUACUGUACAUCCAGUUUGUAUAAUGAAUACUUUUAAUAUGAUAUCCAUUAGUGGCCCCAUAGCAAUCCCUGUAGCGAAUUUACUACUUUAUCGAAUCGCAUCUACUGUCUAAGAUGGCGGGAUAACGCCAUCUAUUGGUCAGUAGCAAAACUAAUCUGUAGAUUAAUCAACACAGGUAAAAUAUUUAAAAGAAUUUUAGUAAAAUAAUAAUUCUUCAGACUCCUUAAAGUUUCAGAGCUUAUAAAUAUAAUAAAAUGAACGAAGCUUGCUAUGCUACACAAACUGUUAAAGAAAUAAUCGGGAAGUUGACGGAUCGGCGAUAAAUAAUAAAUAAACAAAUAAAUUAUAAUAAAUAUGGGGAAUAUAUUGGCGGACUGAAUUUAAAUAUGGUAGUGAAAGAAUAAACGUUUUGAUUUUAAGUACAUGGAAGGUUUUAAAUUAGAUGAUCGACGAUAGAUGGCGGUAUUUAUAUUAGAGGUAUUUUUAACACAGAAUAAAAUUGUUUCAAUUUCAAUUUAUAACUACAAUAAAAUUAAACAUUCCCAACCGCCAUAAAUAAUAAAUAUACAGAAUAAAAAUUAAAAUUUAUUUUAACACCGCCAUCUAUCGAAAAAAAAACUAAACCAAACCUUGUACUGUAGAAGUGGUAGAUCGAUUUAUUUUUUCGAAUUAAAAAAUUGAAAAGAAUUUUACGAAUAUCGUAUUGAUAUUAAAAAUAAAAACGACGGUAUUAUUCGUGUAGGUUAGUAAAGCUUAUUAAAGUAUUAGCUAACAAAAUGAAUAGAAUUACAAUAUUAUAUUACUUGUGAUCCCAGUGUCUCCUAAUAUUAAUGUUUGUACUCCAUUUAGAUGUAUAUAUGUACGUCAUUUUAUAACUAUUAUAUGUGUGAUUUGGAAUAAGUAUUGACAAUUAAGUUGAAUGUAUCAAGAAUAGUCAUUGUCGGAAACUUAGCAAUUUUACACCGUAGCGACAUCUAGGAACAAUUCUUUGAAUUAAUUUAAGUGUCUCAUGUAUGUUAUCGUUAAUUAUAGGAAUGAAUAUUCACUGUACAUUUAUUCUAUGAAUCAGACAUAUAGUGAUUGUACUUACAUUGUAAAAAAUGUUAUUACCAAACCCAUUGUACUCUUCCAGUAACAUUUAAUCCAUUUUCUACUAUUAUAUGUCAACUUGCCGUCACAGAUAACCUCUAAAUAAUAGUGAUGAUGACAAUUUUGUUUGCAGUGUCCGUCUUGUAGUUUUUUGUAUAAUAAUGGAUACGUAUUUUUUAAUUUGU